CAAUCGCCCACAACCAGCAGCCAUGCCCCCCCCGAGGAUAUGUCCGUUGUUAACGGCUCAAUUGAGUCGGCUGGCAGUCUCGCCAGUGCGUCCUAGACUUCUCCCCCGGCCUCAACCACUCCUCCGAUCCUCCAUCCGCGCCUUCUCCACAACUCCAACCCGCUUCAACUGGCUCAUGCCGAAAGGUGGCGAAAACAAGAAGUCCCGAAAAGGCCGCUGCCGCGUUCCCACCGGCGGAAGCACGCGCGGCACGACUGUUGUCUGGGGUGACUAUGGGUUGCGAAUGCGCGACCACGAUCGGCGCAUAUCCGCACAUCAGCUGAAGAUUGCCGAAGAGACCAUCAGGAAGCGGCUACGUGGAAUGAAGUUCCGCCUGUAUAUGCGGAUCGCCGCGAACAUUGGUGUAUACACGAGUGGUAACGAGAGCAGAAUGGGAAAGGGAAAGGGCAGUUUCGACCAUUGGGCAAGCAGAGUGGCAGUCAGCAAAAUUUUGUUUGAGAUUCAGGGUGAUUUGCACGAGCAGGUUGUGAAGGAUGCAUUUCGGUUGGCUGGGAAUAAAUUACCUGGUUUAUAUGAGUUCGUGAAGAAGGGCGACCCGCCAGUAAUGGGUAUCACGAAGGUUGGAUUAAAUGGUAUCACGGAGGCUGAUCUGAGGAGGCCGAGGAGGAAGCUGCCACUUGAGGAGACCGCUGCGAGGUUACCGUCGGCUACACCUGCAGUUGUCUCGACUCCGGCAGUUGUUUCGUAAGCUUG